GGCACUAGUGUUGAGCCGAACUUACGACUUGACGCAGCUGGGCUCAGCUGGUGGCCAGUGUUGUUCUACUACUUUGCUAUGUCUCCAUUACUUUAUCUUCCUCAGUUUUCUUCUUGAGUGCGGAGGAUGUGGAGCGUUGAGAGAGUUGAGGACGAAGACGAGGGUUACAGUUUUACAUAAGCACAGUUUUCUUCGUGUGGUGAGAAUGGAGGCGCUGGCUUUUUCUAGCAGUGGAGAGAUCAGGUCGCGCGCUGGCCGCCCUUGUUGGUGCUUCGGGGUAAAAAGCAUGGAAAUCGGUGGAGUGGCCCCCGCGCGGGUGGGUUCUCCUGCGAACUUUGCCGGGCGUGUUCCCGUGGGACGGUUCCGGGUCUGUUAUGGAGCCCCUGUAGUGGCCGGCGCUUCAGCCCGGCGCCGUGUUGGUGGCGCGCGCCCGCGUGGAGCGUUGCGCGACAUCCUUCCGGCAAAUAGAAGCACAAGAGCCGUCCGGGCGGUGUCGUAUACACUGAAGACGCACGACAGCGCAAUACUCUCGGAAGUGAUUUUCGCAGCUGCCGCCGCAAUUAUCCCGAGCGAGCCACGGCCCUCCGAGAAUGCCGGAGAACAACAAAGAACUGGCCCGGCGCUUUGCCAUUUCGUGCCUGCCAGUGUUUCCCCCGUCCUGUGGCCGUGAGGCCGCGGCCCCCAUCGAGGCCCCCGCCUUCUGGCAGCCGAAACAAAGGGCCCGCUGGGGAGGCUGGCGGCCAGCGCGUGGGGCGCCCUCCUUGUGUUGCGCGGGUGCCAACGUGUGGAGCAGCGUGCGAGCCAGGCGCGGGGCACUGUCCUGCUCAGUGGCGCGAGCGCAUGUGGAAGAGUGGCAGGGGCGCUCGGCGACCUGUGUUGGGCGCCCCGGUUGCCUCGUGUGAGGAUGCGCCGGCCCCCGCCUCGCCCUGCCUCCGUGCCCCCCCCCGGAUCGAUGUGUGGUUGGCCAUGCGCCUGCGUUGCCAAGGAUUAAGUGACGCGCGCCGGGGCGCGCGGUCGGCGAAGCCCGUCGUAGGCCCUAGGAAGGUGGCGCCGGUGUCCGGCCGCGGGCGUCGUUUCGUACCACCUAGCUUCCUUUCGAUCGGCUACCACCCGCCGCCGCAGCAGCCACUAGUCAGGCGACCCGUUUAUUUUAUCUGCCUUGUCGGCGCCUCGUAGUGCCAGGCGGUUUAUUUCCAGGUGCCGUUGAGCGAAGAGCAACAGAA